AUGAAGUUUGGUGAACAUUUGAAUAGGUCCCUUAUUAGGGAAUAUAGUUAUUACUACAUUAGUUAUGAUGAUUUGAAGAUUGAAUUGGAACAAAAUUUGGAGGAGAACAACGGGAUAUGGACAUCGGAUUUAGAAACAGAGUUUCUAGAGUCGUUAGAGGGCGAGUUGGAUAAAAUCUAUACUUUCUGUAAAGUGAAACAUAACCAGGUUAUUAGGCGGGUUAAUGAGGCGGCGGAAAAGGUUCAUGUUGCGGUUUCUCCUUCGAUGAAAUCGUCACAGGACGCUGUUUCGGUGGACUUUGAGGUCUUAGAGGAGGAGCUGUCGGAUAUUAUUGCUGAUGUACAUGAUUUGGCGAAAUUUGCUAGGUUGAAUUACACUGGAUUUCAAAAGAUAAUUAAAAAGCAUGAUAAGAAGACGAAGUUUAUAUUGAAGCCUAUUUUCCAAGUGUGUAUGGAUGCCAAGCCAUUCUUCAAGGAGAAUUACGAUGAUUUGGUGGUUAAGAUUUCUCGAUUGUAUGAUUUGGUUCGUACCAAAGGUAAUCCAACUCAAGGAGACUCGACUUCGGGUGGUAAACAGCAAAACUUUGUUAGACAAACUACCAAAUAUUGGGUUCACCCGGAAAACAUUACGGAACUGAAGCUUAUCAUCCUAAAGCAUCUUCCUGUCCUUGUGUUCAAUACGAACAAAGAGUUUGAAAAGGAGGAUAGUGCGAUAACGUCUAUAUACUUUGAUAACGAAAAUCUUGAUCUUUAUUAUGGUCGUCUGAGGAAAGACGAAGGUGCUGAGGCACAUAGGCUGAGAUGGUAUGGCGGUAUGUCAUCGAGUACCAUUUUUGUCGAGAGAAAGACACACAGGGAGGAUUGGACUGGUGAGAAGUCAGUAAAGGCAAGAUUUGCUUUAAAAGAACGUUAUGUCAAUGAUUUUCUAAGGGGAGAUUAUACUGUCGAACAAGCGUUUGCUAAAAUGCGUCACGAAGGUAAGAAAAGUCCACAGGAGCUUGAAAGUUUGGAGGCUUUGGCUUCGGAGAUUCAGUAUGCCGUCAUAAAGAGACAAUUGAGGCCUGUUAUGAGAUCGUUUUACAAUAGAACAGCAUUUCAGUUACCUGGUGAUGCUCGAGUUCGUAUUUCUCUAGAUACAGAACUAACGAUGGUAAGGGAAGACAAUUUCGAUGGUUAUGAUAGGACAAAUAAGAAUUGGAGACGGAUGGAUAUUGGAAUUGACUGGCCCUUCAAACAGUUGAACGAAAUGGAUGUAGAAAGGUUUCCAUAUGCUGUCUUGGAGGUCAAACUUCAAACCCAGUUAGGAACGGAACCUCCCGAGUGGGUACGUGAGUUGGUAGGCUCUCAUUUAGUAGAACCAGUUCCAAAGUUUUCAAAAUUCAUUCAUGGUGUAGCGACUCUUUUGAAUGAAAGGGUGGACUCCAUUCCUUAUUGGUUGCCACAAAUGAAUGUCGAUAUAAGAAAACCCCAAAUACAGUCGUUAAUUAACAUCACCAGACCAACCAGAGAAGAUGACGAUAAUGAUAAUGACACUGAAUCCUUUGACGAGGAAAGUCAAGCCGUCACUCGAAACCUGUUAGACAUUGAGGAAAGAACUGGAUACGGCGCACUAGAACAGCAAUCUGAUCCGCACCCUUACCGAAUGGCCAACACCAACCCGAAUUUUGUCGCUGUGAGUACUAACUCGGCCAGACUGAGACGGAAAAUUGCUUCAGCCAGUAAUAUGUUUUCUAGAACAUAUUAUAAAUUGUACGCAAAGCUGGACCAUUACCUAAAUGGCGAUCAGUUCUUCAAAGUACCAAAGGAUACCGUUUUUGACACAGAGGUUAGAGCACCACCAGGCAAAUCUAUAUGUGUCCCUGUUAGGGUUGAGCCAAAAGUUUACUUCGCAACCGAGCGAACGUUCCUAUCCUGGAUCAAUAUUGUUCUACUGUUGGCUGGGAUUUCAACAACAAUGCUUACAUAUGGCACUCGCAUUACGAUGCUUGCAUCUAUUGGCUUUUUUAUAACUGCCCUUGCCACACUUAUCAGCAGCACGAUCGUUUACUGCCGACAUGUGGUGAACAUCAGGUUGAAAAGGGCUGUAGAUUACGAGGAUACAUACAAUCCUCCAAUGGUAUUCGGGCUGCUCUUUGUAUCGAUUGCCUUUUCGUUUUUCUGUAACUUAAUUUAG